GCCACAGCGUAACUGUUCAAGGACACAAUCUCACGGCGCAAAUUAUAUACCUAACGUUGUAUACCCCACUGAUCUACCAACUACGGGAACUCGUGUCUUCGUGGAAAUAAAUAUACAAUCGCCAUCAUGGUUUCCUUACCACGAAAAUGGCGCAGACACAAUCUCUUUUAUAUUUUGAUGGCCCUUGAGCUUCCCAUCACUAUUGUCAUCCUCACAUUCACUGGGAUUGCUUCUCACGAUCUAUACCGGACCAAGUUAUGGCAAGAUGGAGCAGAUAAUGGCUUCAACAGUUCUCCCGAUGAGAUUCUCUAUGCUGCCGCGAACCAUAGGCCCUAUAAAGUCCCUAUGGUCUGGGGCUCUUUCAUAACGAAUUACAAUCUAGUCAUUGGCGUUUUGAGCACUUUCAUCUUAAUAACCAAACUCCCUGUCCAUGUCCUGCGGAUUUUCUACCCGCCUGUGUCAGUGUUCGUCCACGUGGGACUGUUCAUAGUAUAUAUCGUGUCGGCCAGUUAUCAAGCUGGUUCCGACAAGUCGGAUCCUAAGCACCUGCAAUCCGGCCCACCGUGGUAUCUUACGAAGUCAUGCAGUGUUGCUUCGAAUAAAGAUAACAUUGGAUAUUGCCAACAAGCCAAGGCGCUCUUUGGUUUUACUAUCAUUAUCAUUGUUCUUUAUUUUGUCGAAAUUAUCGUGAGCGUGCACUCCUGCUUCUUGACCAAGGAGGAAAAGGCAGAGCGUGACGAACGCCGUGAAGAAAAGAGAACCAUGAAGGAGUACGAAGAUAUGGUUCUCAGGACCCCCAGAACGUUUCCCAUGAUGAGCCCUGCGCUGCCUUCAGGGGGUGCUACGCAGAUGAUGCCUACUAUGUCGUCACGAAGCCCUGAAUUUAGUACAUUCGGGACUGGAUCGUCAGAUCUUCCACUCCGGGACCAUUUCAGCACACCAAACCCUCGCCCGCCAACACAGCAAGAGUCAUCGGAAACCUUAGCGCCGGGGAACCAACCUCAAAUGUACUUUCCGCCGCCUCCUAAGAAGGCGGCCAAGGCGUGAAUGUUUUCAGAAGUUUGUAAAAAUGUCCUUGAAAAUCUAAUACCCACGGUCAUAUGAGAACCACUUAUGUUUCUAUUUCAUUUCCCGUUUAGCGAUCGAUUUGCAUGAAUCGGGUGUUUUUUCAAAGCCCUACUUGGGGCACUUGCAAGAGGAAUUCAUGAACAAUCACGUAUUAUGUUUGGGCCUUUUCUUUUCAUGUCGCUUUUCUAGCUGUCAUUUGGUCAUUAUACCAUUAUCGCGACUAGAGCAAUCGAACCGCCACGACUGGCUGACUAUUCGUGCUUAGUCCCAAUCUAAUUGAAUACAAGAAAAGAU